GCUUCACACGUCUUUCCAUUCUUCAUUCACGCUCUGUCUACCCACUUUCUCCUCUCCCUCUUUUCAACAACAUUUGUGUAACCAAGAAAAAUAACUGCCCUGAAUCAAAACCAUGGAGAAGACGAGGCCAGAGGAUGAUGAUAAGGUCAUCUGCAACACUGAUGGAGGUCUCUCUAGAUCAACAAGAGAUGAACAACCGACUCACUACACUUUCAAAAUCACUCAAUUUUCACUGUUUUCAGAGCAAUCUGAGGAAAGAUGUUAUUCGCAGGCAUUCCAAGCGGGUGGUUACAUAUGGAAAUUGGUUCUCUACCCAAAUGGGAAUGACAAGGGGAAAGGUCAUCACUUGUCGCUCUACUUGCAAAUAGGAUAUUCUGUUCUUCUUCCCCUAGGUUGGGAGGUCCAGGCGGUUUUUCGCUUAUUUGCAUUCGACCAAAUCCGUGGCCGAUAUCUGAUGCUUGAAGAAACUCAAGGGAAACGUUUUCAUGCGAUGAAAACUGUAUGGGGAUCUGAUGAAUUCAUCCCACUCAGAGUGUUCAAGAACCAGUCUUACGGAUAUCUUGUUAAUGAUACAUGUGUGUUUGGGGCAGAGGUAUUUAUUAUUGGAGAGAGUAGAAGCGGACAAAAUGAAUGUUUAUGUCUUUCAAGGGGAGCUGGAUAUUAUUACAAACGGAUCGUCAGAUUGUUUAGUAAAGGACACCAUGAAGAGCCUAUAAUGAAAUCAGCCUAUGGUGUACCUAUGGGAAAGUCUGCUACAUAUGAUACUACCUUUCCUUCAAAAAUAGGAGUUCCAAUGAAAUCAAUGAGAGAUGAUAUGCCAACGCACUACACAUUUAAAAUUAAAUCAUUUUCACAACUUUGCAAGCUUCCUAAAAUUAGAUGUGACUCCAAGGUUUUCUAUGCUGGUGGCUAUAAAUGGAAGAUGUCUCUCUCUGUGAACAAAAACAAGCAGCAGAAAGUACAUUAUCUGUCUCUCUACUUGGGCAUCGAAGAAACUAGAUCGAUCCAGCCUGGUUGGGAGAUUGAAGCAGUUUUUCGUUUAUUUGUAUUUGACCAAAUUCGAGGCCGGUAUUUGAUGCUUCAAGAAACCAAUGCAAAGUUUGACGAACCGAAUACCAAAUGGCGAGUUGAUGAGUUCAUGUCACUGGAAAGCUUUAGUGACCCAUCUUGUGGAUUUCUAGUUAAAGAUUCCUGCAUCUUUGGAGCUACUGUUUUCGUUUGUAGGGAGAGAUGUUCGGGCAAAGGUGAAUGCUUGCAGAUGAUAACAGAAGGGGUUACUACUGAAUAUACGUGGAAGAUAGAAAAAAUUUCGCAGAUAAAAGAAAGCUGUAAAAGUGAACCAUUUGGUUCUGGAUAUCACAAAUGGACCCUCCAUUUCUAUCCUGGAGGAUGUGGAAUGGGUCUGGGAAACUAUAUUUCUCUUUUUUUGUAUUCGGGUAAUUCAAGCCCUCUUGUCCAAGGACCAUAUGUUCGUUAUUCCCUGACAGUGAUUGACCAGUCAAAUGGUAAUGGCAAUGGCAAUGGCAUUGGCAUUAACGAAUGUGCCACUUAUCACUUUCCAGUCAAAGGAAAGGGUUGGGGUUAUGCGAAGUUCAUGCCACUUUGUGUGUUUGCUGAUCCAUCCAAAGGAUUUCUUGUGGAAGAUACUUGCAUCAUUUCGGCAAAGUUCACAAUCAUUGGAUCAAUUGAAAUUUUUCGCAAUUUUUUUUAGUACGGGUAUCUUAGAGUAAAAGAAUCUAUUUGAUCCCUUCUUUUUUCAUGUUAUAUAGGAUAACUUUUUCAGAAUCACUCUUCCUUCAGACUUAGUUGAAACUGAAUUAGUAAUGCUCAUGACACAAAAAGUGAAUCUUGCAACAAGUACGAUUAUUGAAUA